GUUAUUUUGGCCAUGUCAGUGACUGCCCGAUUCACUGAUGACUUUUACCAACUUCUGGAUGAGAAAAACGCAGACGAUAACUUUAUUUCCUCACCCCUUUCCGUGGAAAUUGUUAUGAGCAUGGCUUACAUGGGAGCUGGAGGAAAUACAGCCGAGGAAAUGAGAAAGGUUCUGAAACUUCCUGCCGAUAAGAAGGAAGUGGCCAAAAAAUACAAUGACCUUCUGACGAAUCUCAAAGGACGUGAGAAAGGUGCGAUCCUCGAAAUGGCAAACCGCAUAUUCGUGAACGAUAAGUAAGUGCCUGAGUAUAACCAGGUGGUCAGGGAUUCCUUCAAGGCUGAGGCUCAGGCUAUCAACUUACGAAAUCCAGACGAGGCCGCUUCGAUUGUCAAUAAGUGGGUGGCAAAUCAGACCCAUGACAAAAUCCAUGACAUUGUUAAAUCCAAUAAUUUAAAUUCGGAUACAAAAGUGGUACUCGUCAAUGCCAUUUACUUGAAAGGACAGUGGGAUCGAAAAUUCGAUCCUAAGAAUACCAAGACUUCCGAUUUUCGCACUACUGACCAAAAUCGCGUUUCUGUCCAGAUGAUGUCAAAUAAUAAAGCUUACAGUGCAGAAUAUUUUAAAGAUUUAGAUGCCAAGGUGAUUGAGCUACCUUAUCGUGAUUCCGAACUUUCAAUGUUUAUAUUUUUGCCCGAAAAAGUUGAUGGUCUGAAGGAAUUGGAGAAAAAGAUCAGAGGUUUUUCACGGCCUCUCGGUCUUUAUCAAGUAAACUUGAAGCUUCCCAAAUUCAAGAUUGAGUAUUCCGAAGACCUUAAAAGUAUUCUUCAGACGAUGGGCAUACGCUCUGCGUUUGAAUUGGCAGAUUUUAGCGGCCUAGUAGAACCCGGCAAUAUGAAUAUCGGUAAGGUGUUACACAAGGCCUUCAUUGAAGUUAAUGAAGAGGGGACCGAAGCAGCGGCUGCCACAGCUUUAGUUUUUGAACAUACCUCCAAGCCGUUAGUCUUGCCAACUCUAAAUAUCACUGUAGAUCAUCCGUUUGCGUAUACCAUUCGAGACAAGAGCACCAUUUAUUUCCAAGGGCAUGUGGUAAACCCUGGAGCAUAAAGAACUCUUUGCAAAUGUAAUAUUUUUAGUUUAUUAAGUAACCUUUUGCGAGUUGUUUGUGUGACUUUGGAGACCUUACCAAAUUUCGGUAAAAAGUUUGAAUAAAUAGUUGGUCAUGA